UCCUUCAACCACACAAUGUAGGAUUCAGAGGUGAUAUGCAGACUUUUCUAUAUUAUUUUAACCCUCGUGUUACAAAAUAUCGGGAUGAGCUGGAACCACUGCCUGAAUACAAUGCCCCAGUGACGCAUUUUGUGUUUUAGUGGUAAAAUGAGUCAUUUUCUUAUCAUAAUUUAGCAACAUUUGUGAUAAAUUCAAGACUUGUAUGCACAGCAGUCGGAGAGAUACCCAACUGGGUUCCAGGUUGGUGUGGUGAGAGAGCAAGCUAAUUGCGGGGAGGAGGACCGCCUGGGGCAUCGUGUCCCUGGCUCUCAAGUGACUAAGGGAAGGGCUUGGCAAACUGUUCUGCAGCAUGGAGAAGGAAGACCUGAAGGUCCUCAACAAAGGGGAAGAGGAGGAGAUGGAGCUGCAGGGCUACCGUCUGUGUCGUUGGCGGCUGGCCCUGGUGGGCCUCGGGGUGCUGUGUACAGGGGGCUUCCUCCUCCUGCUGCUCUACUGGAUGCCAGAGUGGUGCGUCAAAUCCACCUGCACCCGUACCACAGCCCGUGAUGCCGAAGUGGUAUUGAUGCGCUCCACGGAUGAGUUCCGGCGCUGGUUCCUGGCCAGGGUUCGAGUGAUGCUGGCCCCGGGGAGCAACCCCUUCCACAGCCUGGAGACCCAGACCACCUCCCCCUCCUCCCCUUCCUCUCCCUCCUGCCCCUUCUCCUCCCUUGCCUCUUCCCCUCUGGCCAACGGACAUACCCCUCACCCCUCCGAUGGCAGCACCGCUCAGGAGCUCAUCAGAAGAUAUGCCGAAUACCAGCCCACACAGAUUCGCUAUUUUACCUUCCAUAGCACAAAGUAUUAUUGGAACGACGAGAUGCAGAACUUUGAAGUUUUAAACGGCAUGGAGGAUCUGCAGGUCAGCUGCUCCACCCUCCACUCGGAGCACAGUGCAGGCCUGACCAGGAACCAGCAGGAGUACAGGAGACUGUUCUUCGGAGUGAAUGAAAUUGCAGUGAAAGUGCCUUCUGUUUUCAAGCUGCUUAUCAAAGAGGUCCUCAACCCUUUCUACAUCUUCCAGCUCUUCAGUGUGAUCCUGUGGAGUGCCGAUGAGUAUUACUACUAUGCUGUGGCCAUUGUUUUCAUGUCGGUCAUAUCCAUAGCUACCUCUCUGUACACCAUCAAAAAGCAAUACAUCAUGCUUCACGAUAUGGUGGCAGCUCACAGUAUUGUCCGUGUGUCUGUAUGCCGAGCCAACAAUGAAAUCGAAGAGAUUUUGUCUACUGACCUGGUGCCCGGUGAUGUGAUGGUCAUCCCCAGCAACGGGACCAUCAUGCCAUGUGACGCCGUGCUGGUCAGCGGCACCUGCAUCGUCAAUGAAAGCAUGCUCACAGGUGAGAGCGUUCCUGUGACGAAGACCAACCUCCCAAACCCAGUGCCAGGGGAGAGGGGGGAGGAGACUGACAGUGCCUACAACACAGAGGAACAUAAGAGACACACCCUCUUCUGUGGCACCAACGUCAUCCAGACCCGCUUCUACACUGGCGAACUGGUCAAGGCUGUGGUGGUCCGCACAGGUUUCAGCACAGCCAAAGGCCAGCUGGUGCGCUCCAUCCUUUACCCAAAACCCACCGACUUCAAGCUGUACCGUGAUGCCUACCUCUUCCUGUUGUGUCUGGUGGCUGUGGCUGGAAUUGGCUUUGUCUACUCUAUCGUCCUCAGCGUCAUGAACAAGGUGCCAGCUAAGACCAUCAUCAUUGAGUCGCUGGACAUCAUCACUAUCACUGUGCCACCGGCGCUACCAGCCGCCAUGACAGCAGGCAUUGUAUACGCCCAGCGACGCCUCAAACGUAUUGGAAUUUUCUGUAUCAGUCCUCAGAGGAUCAAUAUCUGCGGACAAAUAAAUCUGGUCUGCUUUGACAAGACUGGAACUCUGACAGAAGAUGGAUUAGACUUAUGGGGAGUGCAGAGGGUUGAGAAUGGCAGUUUCCACCUGUCAGAGGAAAAUGCCUACAAGGAGAAUCUUGUCAAGUCCCAGUUUGUGGCUUGUAUGGCCACCUGCCACUCUCUAACCAAAAUAGAGGGCCAGCUGUCUGGAGACCCGCUGGACCUCAAAAUGUUUGAAGCUACAGGCUGGAUUCUGGAGGAGGCCACUGAGGAGGAAACAUCUCUCCACAACCGUAUCAUGCCCACUGUGGUUCGACCCCCAAAACAGCUGUUGCCCCCUGAGCCUGCUGCAUCAACAGAACAGGACAUGGAACUGUAUGAACUCUCGUCAGCGUAUGAGAUUGGUAUUGUGCGCCAGUUUCCUUUUUCCUCAGCACUCCAGAGGAUGACUGUGGUGGCUCGUUUGCUGGGGGAGAAACGUAUGGAUGCCUACACAAAGGGGGCGCCAGAGGUGGUGGUUAGUCUUUGCAAGAAAGAAACAGUGCCAGAAAACUUUGCAGAGGUUUUGGAGAGCUACACCAAGCAAGGUUUCAGGGUCAUAGCUUUGGCUCAUCGUCGACUUGAAUCCAAACUCAACUGGCACAAAGUCCAGAACAUCAACAGGGAUCAUAUAGAGGCAAACAUGGAGUUCCUGGGUCUCAUCAUCAUGCAGAAUAAACUGAAGGCAGAAACUCCAGGGGUGCUGCAGGACCUCCACAGAGCACACAUCCGAACUGUCAUGGUUACUGGUGACAACAUGCUGACAGCUAUCUCUGUGGCCCGGGACUGUGGAAUGAUUCCUCCCCAAGACACAGUUAUCAUUGCUGAUGCCCUCGCUCCCCAUAAUGGACAAGCCGCCAAGAUUACCUGGAGAUACGCUGACAAGCCGAGCAAGAUAUCGCGCCUGGAGGAAGUGAACAUCAGUCUGGAGGAUGUGUGUCACGUAGAUGAACAGAAAACACAAGAGCUGUACCACUUUGCUAUGAACGGAAAAUCAUUUGCGGUCAUCGAGGAGCAUUUCCCUGACAUGCUUCAAAAGCUUGUGCUGCACGGGACGGUGUUUGCCAGAAUGGCCCCAGACCAGAAAACCCAGCUCAUUGAGGCGCUGCAGGGCGUAGACUACUUUGUGGGGAUGUGCGGAGACGGAGCAAACGACUGUGGGGCUCUGAAGAGGGCUCAUGGUGGCAUCUCUCUGUCAGAGCUUGAGGCCUCGGUAGCCUCUCCCUUCACCUCUAGGACCCCCAACAUCUCCUGUGUCCCCAGCCUCAUCAGGGAGGGGCGUGCUGCUCUCAUCACCUCCUUCUGUGUGUUUAAGUUCAUGGCCCUUUACAGCAUCAUCCAGUACAUCAGUGUCACUCUCCUCUACUCUAUCCUCAGUAACCUUGGGGACUUUCAGUUCCUCUUCAUCGAUAUUGCCAUCAUCCUCCUUAUUGUCUUUACCAUGAGUCUGAAUCCAGCGUGGAAAGAACUGGUGUCACGUCGCCCACCAUCAGGUCUGAUCUCAGGGCCUCUGCUGUUCUCUGUGCUGACCCAAAUCCUCAUCUGCUUGGGCUUCCAGACCAUUACAUUCCUUUGGGUCCGACAGCAGCCCUGGUACACAGUCUGGACACCACUGACAGAUGUCUGCAACCGUUCAUCACACAUUAACAUGUCUGACGACAACGACACCGAAGUGGAUGACCACAACAUCCAAAACUUCGAGAACACCAGCCUCUUCUAUGUCUCCUGCUUCCAGUAUCUAAUUGUUGCCAUCGUUUUCUCAAAGGGAAAACCUUUCAGGCAGCCUAGCUACAAGAAUUGGCCUUUUGUGCUGUCUGCCAUUUGUUUGUAUAUUUUCCUGCUGUUCAUUAUUUUCCACCCUGUCGAAGGCAUUGAUGAGUUUCUAGAGAUUGUUUGUGUCCCGUUUGAAUGGAGAGUAAAACUCUUCCUCAUCAUCUUAGUCAAUGCUGCUGUUUCUGUUUUGGUGGAGACCUUCAUCCUUGACAUCAUCUUAUGGAAGCUUGUGUUCAGCCGAGACAAACAUGGCAGCUUUGGCGUCACUCCUGCCGCCCCGACACCACAGGGGGGCAUUGACCUGCGGGCGUACAAGUGUCUGUCCCGGCUGUGCUGCCCACGGAAGACACCCAAGGCUCGCUACAUGCAUCUGGCCCAGGAGCUCAGUGUGGACCCCGACUGGCCACCAAAGCCAACGACCACUACUGAAGCCAAGCCUCGUCCAGAAAAUGGCUCCACCUAUCAGAUCAUGACCAACUCCUAGCACCCCCCUGGCCCCAGAAUUUAAUCUACCCCUUUCAUACAGGAAACCUGCUUAUAACACAUGUUCAGUGAACGCAAAUUUGAUCUAUUCAAAUGGAAUUGUCACAGAUACAAGUGCUUGCUAUUACCGUUCAGAGACUUGCGUCUAAAACUAGUUCCACAGCAAAAGCAUUACACAAAAGUACCAAAUAAAGUUAAGUUUCGGAUCUCUCAGUACUCCUGCUCUCUGGCUCGCCCACUUGCUCGGUCUCAGGUCUCUCCUGCUUGUAUUCAUGUAAUUUAACAUUAACAUUAAAUGUAAUUCCCAUUCCUUAUUGCAAUGUCUGUUCACUGAAGCUGAGCAGCAUUCAACCCAGGCUGGGAGAAUGGUUGAUAGGCCAGGUCGAAUUUGCGCGCUUACCUCUUCAGACUGAUGGUUUAAUGUACCGUCACUUUGUAUGAAAGAGGUAUAAAAGAGAGCCAAAGUCCCACUCUGCUACAGAGCUGGUUUCUGACAUACGUGUGCUGUCAGAAAUGUAAUGGAAGGUGUUGAAUGCUAGAAAGUAAUUACUUUUAUACCAUUGUUAAAAUAAUAAGGUCUUCCGUAGAAAGUACGACCCACUCUGACUGAACGGCGAGUGAGAGAAUUGCGUGAUAAAAAGAGAGUCUGGAAGAGGGCAGAAGAAAGCAGUUUCACAACAAAAGUCAAUUAGUACAAUUAAUUAUACCUUAUUUCACAUUCUGUAAUUAAAUUGGAACUACUGGUUGGGUUGAAGGUGCUUGUAGUAAUAGAUAAAUAUCACUGGUUGGCUGUACUGACCAACUCUGUGUAAUUGAUCAAAUUCUGUAUUAUCAGAUCAUAAUCAGCAGCAGGUCCAUGUUCAUAUUUCUGAGCAGCCACCACCACAUGUUCCUCAAGUCUAACCUGUUGUUGGCAGUGCAGGCUCUGAUUGCUACUAUGUAGUGGUGUUAUACAGCUAAUGCACAUACUGUGUGUAUAUGUAUGUAUAUGUAUGUAUGAUACAUACAGAGUCAUUUGAAUGAGCUAGCAUUACCAACUGGCUAGCACUCAUUAGAAAGCAUAGACUCAUAACCAAAAAGAAAAGCUUUAAAGCUUAUAAUGGACCCCCAGGGAUGAAUAAAAUUACUAAUUUGACUCAUACCCAGGAUUCAAAUAGUAUUUUAUUGAGCUGUAGAAGAUUGGGAAUUUUGGCAUGGCUGCAGUCAACUUCAUUUGCACACUCACAGCCAGAAAACACAGUACAAUAUACAUCACACACAAAAACAUGGCCUGUAAAAAGUAAAGGACUUUAGGUGAACAGUGAGGGAGACAGAUGUGCUCAUCCUCUCUUAACCACAGGCUGGGACCUGUGGCAGGAUCUCCACUGUGUUUGUCUGUUUGUCAGAGCUCAACUUUAUGUUUUUUAACAGAGAUUUUUAGCCAUGCUACCAUAGUGGAUCAAUUAGUCUGUCAGUCCAUACUGAAAUAUCUCAACAACUAUUUGAUGUAUUGUCAUGACAUUUGGCAUAGACAUUCAUGGUCCUGAUUUUUCAUGUCACAACACCAACAGUAAUCAACUCUUCUGUUCAUAAUAGGAUACCUCUGAAACUAAUGACUGAAUCCUCAUCAACCUCAGCUGUACUAAUGCUAACAUACUAAAUGUUAACAUGUUACACUUAAAUGAUAAGUGUUAGCAUACUGUGCUAACAAGUUUGACGGGGAACAACAUGGCCUUUCCGCUGGCGUUCCCUGCAGGCAGGUAAAGAUCUGUCAAUCAAUCUAUCAAAAAGGUUUGCUAGAGUGAAAUGAGCUUUACGCUCUCAUGGGCCACUAGUGUGGCUAUAAACCUUUUUAAUCUUACGUUUUUGCAUCUAUGAGCCAUGUCCUGUCAGCAACUAAUGACAUCAGACAGGAAAGCAUACCAAGUUUUGCAUGAAGCCAGCUCCCUCAUCAUCUGAAAACGUGAUGGUUGCAAUACUAGAAAUAUUACCACAAAUACAGAAUUACUGUACAAUUAAGAAACACAUCAACAUCUCUGUAUUUUGCAUGAACUAGCUGGUUAUCGUGGACAGUUAAUCACAUGCAUGAGACCAUAUAAAUCAAACUCGUGUCAGAUUGGCUCCAGAAAGCCAGUAGUACGAACUACUUAGGUUUCUUUUUUUCUUUUUUAAAACUAAAUUUCUUCCUAUGGAAGACUGAUUUAAAAGUGGAAUCGUAAAGGCAAGGCAUUGUGCGUCUCAUCAACUCACUGCAGAUUUAAAACAUCCAUGCAACAACACACACUGCACAAGAUGGAUGCUGGUUACCAUAUAUUCUCAUGUAUUACACAUAAGGUACCUGCAUAGCGAGUUAAGGGCUAUAUUUUAUGUUGACCGCUCUUUCUUUGACAUUUAAAGUGAUGCUCCACAAAAUCUAUUUCAGUGUCAAACACUCGCUCACUCACUUUCUGUAAACUUUGAAGGUUGCUGUAAAAGGUUGUAGUUUCCUUCUUAAUAACAAAAAAAAGUCUAUUGAGAUAGAUUCCAAUGUUGGCACUAAUAGAUGGACAGUGGAGAAGCAGAUAAAUCAUAAUAACUGAUUGAAUUCAAGCUGACCACAGCUGCUGUAAGAAGAAAACAAACUAUUUGCAGCCGCCUUUUAAAGCCACCAUAUUGUUUGAUUUAGGUUGGAGUGUCACUUUGAAGCAAAGACGCCAACACACAAUGUCAGUAUAACCGUAAACUCUGCAUAGCAGCCUGCCUUUCAUGAAUUGUAUGGUUUUUAAAUAGUGUGUGUCCCAAAGUAUUUUUAGAGUGCUAAACAGUGGUCAUGAGACACCAUGUCAAAAGGAUGUCAAAUUAAAUGUAAUGUUUCUUCUCCUCCCUGACAAAAGUACUAAGUAAAUUCUUCUCUCCUCAAAAAGCUGGUAAUAGCAACGUAUUAUCAGACACUUAAUCAUCUAUGACACAUGACAUCACAUCUAUAUAUAGUCUAUUGAUUAUCAAUCAUUUAAUUCGUAUAGAAACAAAAUCAGAUUUCCUUAAAUCAGUAAUAAGAGUCUGAAGCUGCUCAGUCCCUAAAAGCCAUUGAGAUACUUGUAAUAUUAUUACAAAUGCAUAUGAAACUUGGGAUCCAAACUGUUUUUUUAUGAAAAGCUCAAAUGUGAUAUGUGACCAUAGUUUCAAUGGAUACAUUGUUUAUUAGAUGAGCAAAGUUAUAGUAUUUUGUUAUAGUAUUUUAUGGAUAAAUUGUCAGUCUGAGGAUGAUAUAUAUAUAUAGUAGAUAAAACUGGUUCACACAACUCAAAUGGACAUUCUUGUGCCAAUUUUCAGAAAGUUCCUGAUAUGUAGUCAAAUAGAAAGUCAAAAUUACUAAUUUCUGUUGAAUUUCAGCAAUGUUGCUGAUGUGUCCAAACAUGGGCCACACGAGUUUAUAAGCCUCUGAAUAUUCAGUGGUAUGUUUUUUUUUUUUUUUCUGUUUGCUUUCAGGGUUUAAUUUCUAUAGAUACCUACUGAGGCUAAAAUUGAAUGUUGUGUAAAGAACAAAUUUUAAUGCAAGGCAAUACUAUGGUUAUUGAUUCUAUUUCCAAAGACUUUUCAUCACAUGUGUAUUGGUUAUUUGUAAAAAGAGAACAGAUUCAGAAGCAGAAGAGGAAUAUCAUAUGAGGGUGGAUUCUAUCUGUAUAUAUGAGAUGUACAUUUCUAGUGUGUGCAUAAAAGACAAAAGAUUUAGUUAUAAAAAUGUAUGGUUUUUGGAUUAUCAAAGGGCUGGUGUGUCUUUUUCUACUAUUUUGGUACUGUGUUACAAUCAGUUGUCUGUCUACUUUUGAUUUGUACUGUCUAUUGGAUUUAUUUGUACUUUCUCUUUUUGUUAUGGAGUUGCAUUAGUUUGAAUCUUCCUUAUUUGGGCAUGAAUUGUGGGCAUUUAUUUCACAGUUUGAAUUAGUUAUUGUGAAGUAUGAUUGGGGAACUUGGAUCAAUAUUUGUUAGUCUUGGGUAAAUAUAAUGCAGCACACGACUACUUUUUAGAGUUUAAAGGAAGUUGAAAUUAAACCUCCUGAGUGGAAAGAUUUGUCUCUGCGGGUUCUACUUCAACUUAUCAGCUUUUUCUUUUGCUUCAAUUUUGUGUCAAUGCUUUGUAUGAAACCAAGGAUCUGACACAAGAAGGGAAUUCAAAUGAUAUAUUAUAUAUUUGAGGCCUCCUCUUUACAAAUUUAGAAUUUGAGCAACAUUU